CCUGUGCCUGCUCUCCAUGGUCGGGCUGAAAGGGGAAGGGUUUCCCCCGCCCCUUUCCCCCUUUUUUCCAUGGCCCCUUAAAUCUGGGGUGUAGCUUCCCAAGGAGAACUGCAGCAGAAAGUCAGGAUUUGAAAAGAGAUCAAGAAGUGCAGCUGUGAGCAAAAAUGGAAGAGCAGGACUUGACAGGACCGGAAACAAAAGAAAACUUAGCGGCAGGAGGAAGAGACCCUCACGUUGUACAAGUUGGGACCAUCAGGGAGUUCCUGACUGCAGCAACCCCACGACAAAUUAAAAAAGAACCCGACGAGGGGCUACAGCAGCGCUGGGAGGCUCAGUGGCAGGAAUUCUUGAAGGCAAUGCAGCCCCCUCAGUCAGGAUGGGAAAACCCACCGCUGCCUCAGCCCUGGUCCCAGCAGGACUCCAAGGCGUUCCAGGCCUCCUUCAGAGCCAUAGUUGAAACCAGCCAGCAGCCUAGAGGAGAGUGUGUGGUCCAUACCCUGCCAGGCCACAGUUCAGAAGCCUGUGAAAGGCUGGAUUCGCCUGUGAGAGUGAAGAAGGAGAUCCUGGAUGAGGAUGCAAGCUUAGAGUCACGCCGUCAGCGCUUCAGGCAUUUCUGUUACCAAGAGGCUGAAGGGCCCCAAGAGGCACUGAGCCAACUCCAGGAACUUUGCUAUCAGUGGCUGGUGCCCGAGAGGCACAGCAAGGACCAGAUCCUGGAGCUGUUGAUCCUGGAACAGUUCCUGACCAUCCUGCCUGAGGAAAUGCAGGGCUGGGUGAGGGGACGUGGGGUAGAGACCUGUGCCCAAGCAGUGGCCCUGGCAGAGGAUUUCUUGAUGAGAUGGCAAGAGUCACAGAGACCAGAACAAAAGAUUCCUGUGGCUUUGGAAGAGACGGCUGUUAAUUCCCCCAAAUCGGAGCAGGAUCCAUCAGACAUCAUGGAGUUGCCGUAUCCCAUGGAGGUCAAGCAGGAAAGUGAAGGGGAUGCCAACCUGCUGGAUGCAUCUGUCCUCUCCUGUCUGUGCUUUGCAGGAAGGAAAUGGGACGUGGGCCAGAGAGGCCAAGAACUGCUUGCUUCUCCAAUCUCAAUUGAGGUGCAUCUUUCCUCUCCUCCUGCCUGCGAUUUCCUAAGCCAGGAAGAAAGUGAGGCCCGGACAUGCCUACCAACAGCAAGAAAUUCUUCUCCUUCUGCCUGCAAUCUUGCAUCAGGCCUUAUCAUGGUGCACAUGCAAGGGAGAACUUCUCUCCGAGGCUCCUCUGCUGCCCGGUCCACAUCGCCAGCAACACAGCCUGGGUGGUUGUCCUCUGCUGAUUCUGCCGCUGCAACGUGGCCAACCAGAGGACCAUUUCCUUCAAUCCACACAGAUGCCCACAUCAUUCAGGAAGAAGUCUCAGACCUGUUGAUGCAGAGCUCCUCCCAGGAGCUAGAACACUCUCCCUCCUGCUCUGACUCUGCGGAGGAGGAAUCCUGGGGACAAACUCUUCAUCCAAUGGAACAUCUGGUGGAGGAGGAGCAAAUUGUCUCUGGUACACGUGCUUCAACGACCUCCCAGCCAAGGCCAUGGGCAAACUCAAGUGCCAACUCACUUCAUUCUUCUCUGCCACCCUUCUCAAAGAGCACCACUGGUGCCACAAGUGGCACCACUCCCAGCCUGCAUCCCCCUGCUUUGGCCAGCAGUGCCACCAGCAUCCCACGAGCCACCACUGCAGAGGAGAAGUGCCCCACCACACCAGUUCCCCAGGUGGAAGGAAAGGCCGCCAAGCCGCCCGCUAAACGCGGGAGAAAAGUCUCCUCUUUUGUAUGGAACCAUUUCACCCACACCAUGGAGAAAUUUGCAGUGGUGUGCAAUCACUGCAGGCAGUGCGUGAGGCUGGGGAAGGAAGGAGGCUGUGCCAAGGUGGGGACCACGUCCAUGCACCGGCACCUAUCUCUACACCACCCCCUUCUCCUUCCUGAGAAGGCUCCACCAAUGCCAGCCACCGUAUCCUCCUCCUCCCCAACAACACCGCCUGCAGUGGUGCACACCCCCACCGGCUCCCGUCCCCCUGCUUCAGCCAGCAGCAUCUCCAGCACUCUGCGUGCUACUGCUGUGUCAGAAAAGCGUCCUUCCGCACCAGCUCCCGGGGAAGAAGUGCGGGUCACCAAGCGCGGGAGAAAGGUCUCCUCUUUUGUGUGGAAUCACUUCUCGCACCACGCCACGGACAGGUUUGCAGUGGUGUGUAACCACUGCAGGCAGCACGUGCGGCUAGGGAAGAAGGGGGGCUGUGCCAAAGUGGGGACCACAUCAAUGCACCGGCACCUGUCUGUGCACCACCCAUUCCUGCUUCCCAAGAAGGCUCUAACGACACCAGUGGUCACAUCCUCCUCAUCCUCACCAGCAACGCCACCUGCUGUGGUGUGCACCGCCACCACUAUCCACUCGUCACCUGAGGCCACAGCCCACGCAACCACCCUGCUGACUGUUCACGAGUCGGUCAACAGGAAGAAGGCAUGGGACCCCACCAACCCCCAUGCGAUGGAGCAAAGCCAGUGGCUGGCAGAGUUCCUUGCCAAGAGCAUGCAGCCCUUCGCCCUGGUGGACGACCCUGCCUUCCGGGAGUUCCUCCGUCGCUGUGUGUCUCAAUGGAGUAUACCCGGGAGGAGCAACUUCUUCUCCGACAUCCCAGCCCUGGCAGAGAGCAUCAGAGACCCUCUUCAGAAACAACUCGAACCGUGCAUCUGAUGAUGUACAGCUGGACAAGAUGCCCAGCCCAGGGCUGAAUGUCAGUUGCCGCACUUUGGCCAAGGAACGGCAAGUGCGGCAAAUGGCUGUGCGAGAGGCAUCCAGCUGGGGCCGUGCGCUGCAAACCACUGCAAACAUUGCCAGGAAACUGCACUUAGCGACUGGUUCCUACCGCCCCCGGCAUUGAGCCUGCAAAUGCUGCAACAGGCCAUGCAGCAAACCAAGCGCUCAGCAAAAGGCACAUUCUGUAUGGCCCACUGUCUAAACCUGAUGGUGAAGGGAGUGUUGGCAAAGCAUGGCGGGGAGGUCAGGUGGCCAGUUCAGACAAUUACAGCCACAUCGGACAUUUUGCAGGCGCCCAGGCCUGCCUUAAAGAAAUUCAGCCGUGCAGAAGCAGGCCACAACACCCGGUAGACCUGCAGAUAGCCAGGUGGCGGAACAGUGUACCCUCCAUAAUGACGUGUGCUAUCGUGAAAUAUUUCAAGGUCUGCAGUGACAUCCAAGUGAAUCCAGGGCACCGAGGCCUUCUGAAGGAGCGUGACGCUGUGCUUGGGGCCCUUUGAAGAGGCAACGUGCCUGUCUAUGGGCAGCAUCACCCUGGGACCUGUGAAUGCGGAAAAUAGUAGAGUCCAGGGUUCCCCGCACCAAGGAUUCCCAGAUGUGGUUGACUACAACUCCCAUCAUCCCCAGCUACAGUGGCCUUCAGCUGAUGGGAGUAGAUCUCUGCCCCUGCUCAUUGUUCCCCAGCCCAGCUGUCCAGUUCUAACAAGCGGGCAUUUGAAGGUGAUCCGGGCAGAUGCACACCAGCCUGCCCCUCUGCUAAUGCCAACUUGCAGUUCUCCGAGGCAGACAAAAUAGGACGCGCCAUGCCUGGUUGCACAGUGACCAUUCCAUGCAUGCUCCCAGUGAUCACCGUCUGCCUCUGUGGCACACCAAGCAAUGGACACUUACAGGUGGGAUUCUGGGGGGCGGGGGGGGGAUUGCUGCACGCCCCAGUGAUCUAGCUCAUAGGUGACCAAGCUGAGGCUUUCCAGCUGUUUUUGGGCUAUGACUCCCUAUCACCCCCAGCUGCAAUUUGGGCAGCAGCUGGAGAGCCUCAGGUUGGCCAAGCCUACCUUAGCCAAAGAUUAGGAGAGGGAGCCGCUUGCAUGAAUCUCACUGUACAGCGAUGCUGUGUGGUACCUUACUCAGAGAGGAUGCUCAGCACCACAGGGAAGACUGUAAGUGAGCAAAGGAACAGCUACACAAUGCACAAUGUGAAUGCCCUUUUCUUUAGCCGAAGAAAUCGAGUUUCCUGAGGAUCCCACCUCUUGUUUUCCAGUGACAUUUUCAAUAAGGAUAUGGGGACACAAAGAGACAUUGUGGGUGGAUUGUGAGGGGAAGGCCCAGGCCACUGAAUUCGAGUGAGACCCCAGACUGUUGCUGCACAGAACAAUAUUUGGAGGUUCAAACUACUUCUAAAAAAUUUCCCUUGUGACCCCAUAUCUUCUCAUGAAUAGGGGUGUUGGAUGGGUAAGGUAUGAUGAUGGUUCUUAAAAAGCAUUGCAUAAGUGCUUCUAAAAUCCACCCUUUCAGAUACCCCAGGAAACCAUCCCAACCAUUUAUCACAAAAAAAGAAGACUGUUAUUUGUUAUCAUGUUUUUUAUUUAUUUUGUGGUAUGGUAAAUUAACAUCCUUGUGGUUUUUCCACAGUGUAGGAGGUCAUCCAUCAGAAUGGAUUGUGGACCCGACAUAUUCCAUAGACACGACUAGAUUCAAAUUCAAAACAAGGGUUGCGUCCGGUGCACAGGAGGCACCAAGACUCCAGUUUCUGGCCCUGUCUUCCUCAGAUUUACAGGACUGUGGAGGAGUUUUGUCUGCUCUCGCUAAUUUUGGCUCGCUUCCUACUAGUCUUUUCUUCCCUUCUCUUCUUAGAUUGUUCUAGGGUGGGAAAGAAGUUGAUCCCCUACUGCCUCUUUCACUGGACAAGACUCCACCUGUCAUCUAUCACCGCAGAACAUCUCAGUGGUGUGUCCAACGCUCAGGUGAAUGGCUCAGCCACCAGUCUGUCGAUCCAGUGGAAUGGACUCUUCAUCCAGAAGUGUUCCACUCAGUGGCUCACUUUUUUGGCCGGCCCAUAGUAGACCUCUUUGACUCUCCACACAAUCACCUCCUCCUGAGGUUCUUCACCAGGUUCCACUCCCAUCUAAUGGAGACAACGGAUGCCCUUCUAGCACCCUGGCUCCCAAAGCUCCUCUAUGCCUUUCUACCGUCGGCUGUCAUUGGGAAGGUUAUACGAAAGAUGCAAGUGGAACAAGCAGAACUCAUCCUGAUUGCCCCACAUUGGCCUCAAAGGCCUUGGUUCUCCAACCUAAGAGCUCUCUCAAUUCAGCCUCCAUGGCAUCUUCCUCUCCAGAUAGGCCUUCUGUCCCAGGGUCCCAUUCUACACCCAGACUCAAACUGGCUCCAAUUCUGUGCCUGGAUGUUCAGCCUUAGCCAAGAAAGGCUAUUUCCCCACAGUCCAGAACACCAUCCUGGUUUCAUGUUGUCCUUCAACCAAUUUGAUUUACUAGGCUACCUGGGCAGUGUUUUCAUGCUGGGCCAAUAGGAAACGUCUUAACCCUAUCUCUUCAGUCAUCCCGGAGGUAUUGGCCUUUCUUCAAACUGGUGUCUUAUCAAGGCCUGCAUCCUAAUACUCUGAAGCAUCAAACUUCCACUCUUGCAUCAGUCCUUAAGCUCACAGCCCAUAAUUAUAUGACCUUGCACCCGCACAUCCGCCAUUUCCUCAUGAGAGCCUCUCUGCCCCCUAUAAAUAGGUUUGUGGAAUCUCUAUAAGGUGCUCAACAUGUUAACCCAACCUCCUUUCGAACCCAUUUGCACUGCACCUCUCAAACUCCUAUCCUAUAAAGUUAUUUUUUUUCUUGUAGCAGUCACUUCAGCCCGCAGAGUCUCCGAACUUGAGGCCCUGUCUGUUUGGAAAGAACUCUGCCUUCUCCAACCUGACUCGGUGGCACUCAAGCUCAACCCUACCUUCUUGCCCAAGAUCAACCCAACCUUCCACUGUUUGCAGGAUAGAAUCUUGCCAUUCUUUUGUCCCUUUCCUUCUCACCUUAAGGAGUGGAACUGGCAUACCUUGGAUGUCUGUAGGGCUCUCUGCAACUACAUUAGACAUACUAAAAAAUUCCACCAUUCCAACUCACUCUUUGUUUCUUUUCAUCCUUCAUCCCUAGGCUCCACGAUUUCCAGGUCAUCCUGGCCAGGUGGAUCUGAACAUACAUUUCAUUAGCCUAUGAGUCCCUGGUACUUCUCAUACCCGGUGGCAUCACUACCCACUGUUCCUUGGCAUCAGUGGCCUUCUCUGCCCACACUCCACUGCUUGAAACCUGUAAAGUGGUCCCCUGGUCCCCUAUCACCCCUUUUAUCAAAUGCGACAAGGUUGCAUCUUUCCACUCUGAACAGGCAGCCUAUGGCCACACUGUCCUUCAACAAGUCCUUUAGUUGCAUCCUCUCCUGCCCUAUUGUUCACUGAUUGGGCAUGUCCCAUUCUGAUUGAUUACCUCCUACACUGUGGGAAAAGAAGCAUUGGUCUUACUGUGAAGGAUUCUUUUUCACAGUAUACAGAGGUCAUCUGACCCACCUGCGGAUGCAUCUUCAGUUUACCGGGGUCGCAUAUUUUGGGUGGUGGCAACUCCCAGGGUAUUCAGUUUGUUAGAUAACUGAUUCUCCUUUCUUUCUCCUCACCAUGUUCUUUUUUCUCCACCUGAACUCCUCUGUGUAACAGUCCUGGAACUGGGGUCUUGGCUUCUCCUGUGCACUGGAAGCCAGCCUCGUUCUGAAUUUGAAUCUAGUCCUGUCUAUGGAGCAUGUUGGGUCCACAACCCAUUCUGAUGGAUGACCUCCAUACACUGUGAAAAACAUGCCUUGGUCUUACUUCAUGGUAAAACCAAUGUUCCUUUUUCAAACAUGAAGUAUUUGUCCUGCAAAAUAUAUUUAUUGUGUUAUUCAUUACAUUUCUGUCCUCCGGGGCAGCAUACAUAACUUCGCUCCCAUUGUAUUUUCCUAGCAACUCUGCAUGGUAGGUUAGGCUGCGGGAGAGAGAGAGUGACUGGCCCAAAGUCACCCUGUGAACCUCAUGGCUGGAGGUGGCUCCCGCAGGUUCUUUGGGUUCACGUGAUCCAAAAUACACUUCAUUUUUUCACUUUACAACCAUACAGUUGAGGGUUUUAUUUUGUUACAUUGUUUAUCAAUAUAAUAAGAUGGUUUGCUUUUAUGAAAGUACAGUUCACUUUGUUGGUUUUUAAAAAUUGUAUAGGGUGCAGUUGACUUUGUAAAGACUAAAUAGUGGUUUUGAAAGGCUUGAGAUUUUUUUGGUCAUUACAUUACAUAAAUAUAAGCUACAGUCUUUGAUAUAGAAAAUUAAGGUGAACCUCUCCACUGUCUUAAUGAAUACUAACAUAAUGCUAUGUGGCAUGGUGUGCAUCACAAAAUAAAUCUAACAAAAUGGU